AUGUUUAAUCAAACAAUUCAAGUACUUUCAAAAUUAAGUCAAACAAUAGCACGUGAAAGUGGUGAAGUAAAUGCUUCAACUGAAAUGAAUUCUCUUUUACAAAUAUGUUUUGAUAAAUUACGUCAUGUACAAGAAUAUAUACCCAUAACAUUAAAACGAAAUAAAAUUAUACUUGGACAUUUACAAAAAUUUGAUGAUGGUUUACAAAAAUGUCAACAAUGGUUUAAUGAAGCUAAUCAAUUAAUUAGUCGAUAUUCAAUUCAAGUACCUGUUAAACGUAUUGAAGAUUUUCUUGAACAACAUCGAAAUUUCUUUGCUGAUAUUGGUUACUAUCAAUCUUUACUUGAAAGCAAAUCUAAAUUAAUAACAAUAAUGAAAAAAUCAAAUGAAAAUAUAAUUCCAUUAAAUUUUACUUCUAUUGAUGAACAAUAUAAACAAUUAACUGAUAUAUUUGAACAAAUAUCUCAUCAAGUAUCUUAUUGGGAAAAAGAAUUUACAUUACAUUCACAAUUAUGGAAAGAUUUUCAUCAACGUUUAAAACAUCUUGAAGAAUGGAUAGAUCAAGCACAAAAUAUUGUUAAAGAAAAACAUGAUGAUUAUGCUUAUCUUAUACAAAAACAUAAGAAUUUUUUUCAAAUAGUUGAUGAUGAAAUUCUUCAUGGUUUUAUUAAAUCAGGUCGUGAACUUUUACAUAUACGUGAUCAAAUUGAACAAAAAGAAAUUCAAUAUCUUAUGGAUACACUUGAAUCAAAAUGGAAUACAAUUAUAUGUUAUGCACCAAUACGUUUAUUACGUUUACAAUAUGAACGUAUUGAAAAUAUUGUUGUUAAAGAAUUAAAACAAGCUGAAGAUGAACUUAAUGAUGAACUUAAUCAAUUAGAAAAACAAUAUGAUGCAACAUUAAUUUUACGACGUCAUAAUGAACAUUUUCAAUUAAAUAAUUUUCAACCAACUAUAGAAACACAUAUGAAAAAUUUACAUUUAUUUGCUAAUGAUAUACGUUCAAAGGAAACAGAUAAUACUCAUUAUGAAAAUGAACAAAUUGAUCAACGUACAACAAAAUUAAAUGAUUAUUGGACACGUAUGCAAGCAAAAAUUGAUAAUGUUAGAAGAAAACUUCAAACAAUACCAAAAAAAUGGCAAGAAUUUGAUGAAAAAUUUCAUCUUGUUGAAACAUGGAUGACAACUAUUGAACGAUCAAUGAAUGAUACAUUAAAUAUGGAAGUUUCAUUUGAUCAAUAUAAAUUAAUUGUUAAUAAAUUUAAGACUCUCAAUCGAGAGACUCAAGGUGAAGAAACACAUGUAAAUACAAUACGUACUAAAUAUAAAACUUUUUCAUCGGAUUUAACUGAUCAAGAACGACAACAAACAGAAACAAUAAUUAAUAAAAUUCAAGUUGAAUUAGAACAAUUACAAGAACAAAUAGAAAAACGUCAUGAACGUUUAAAUUCUUUAUUUCAUCAACGUCAAGAAUUAGAUCAAACAUAUGGUCAUUUUAUUGUUUGGUUUGACGAUAAACAACGUUUAAUAUCUCUUGAUCAAACAAUACCAUUAAAAACAGCGGAAAUUGAACGAUUACUAAAGAAAUAUUAUGAUGCAUUGAAUGAAAUUAAAGUUCAACGAGUUACACUUGAUAAUAUUAUUAAAUUAAAUGAAAAUGUUAAACAAGGUUAUUAUUUUGAAGAUAAAACUGAAUAUGAUCUUCAUACAGAUGAAUUCGUUCGUAAAAUGAAUAGUUUAGAAGAAACACUUAAUGAUCGUUAUCGACAUUUAAAUUUAGCUAAUGAACAACGAUGUGAUUUUGAUCGAAUUAUGACUAAGCUUAAUGAAUGGAUUAAAAAUACUGAACAACAACUUAAAGAUCCAUUUACAAAUGAUCUUCAACAAACAAUUAAUAUUCUUAAAGAAAAAUCUAAAAGUAUACAAGCUUUAUUUCAAUCAACAAAAGAUCGUAUGAAUGAAUUCGAAGAUUUAACACGUAUUCAUGGCAUUGUUGCAUCAACAUUGAACGAUGCUGAACAAAUAACAUUAAACGAAAAAUAUACCGUACUUAAAGAUAAAUACAAUCGUUUAUUAGAUAGUUUAAAUCAACGUAUUGUUUUACUCGAUGAAGCAAUUCAUGAACGAAAUGAAUUCGAUCAACAAAAUGAUCGUCUUCAAGUAUUUUAUAAACAAGUAGAAAAUGAAUUUACAAAACAAAAACAACAAAAACUAAAUGAUAUUAAUUAUCCAUCAAAUGAACGACGUUUAGAACAAUUUAAACAAUUAUUAAAACAACUUGAUGAAACAACAAAUAAUUUUAAAGAAGUAACACGUAUACAACGUUUAUUAACUAAUAAAGGUCAUCGUAUUGAUUUUCGUAUGGGUGGUGAAUUAAAUGCAAAUUUAAAAAAUCUUGAUGGACAAAUACAUAAUGAAAUUGAACGAAUUGAAAGAGCUUUACAAACUGAAAAUGAUUUUCAUCAUUUAGAUAAAGAACUUGAUUCAUAUUUACAAAUAUCUUCAGAACAAUUAAAAUCAUCUCAACAUCAUCAAGAUAAAGGAAUUAUUUUUCAGACUGUUUCUGAUCGUUUACAACAAGCUGAACAUGAAUUAAAUAAAUUAAAUCAACUUAGUGAACGUCUUGUUAAUGAUCUUCCACGUUCACAAUAUGAACAAUUAAAACGUAUUAUUGAACGUCGUCAAGAACGUCUUCUUACAUUAAAUAAAACAUGUCAACAAGCACGUGGUGAACAUGAACAUAUGAUUAAAACACAACAUAAAUUAAAUGAAGAUUUAAUAACAAUUAAUGAUUGGUUUAGAAGACUUAUACAAGAUUUAAGUCAACCAUUUGAACUUAAUUUAUCAUUAAAUAAUGUAAAUGAUCUUCGAGAUUCAAUGAAUCAACUUGCAAUAUCAAUCGAUCAACGUUUAGUUCGUAUUGAACAAGCUCUUCGUGAUGAACCAAAUCUUAUCAAUUCAAGUGAUGCAGAAAUUCGAGAACGUUUAAAUAUUGUCGAAGAACUUAAACAUCAAGUUAAAAGUCAUCUUAAUAAACAACGUAUUAUUCUUGACGAUGUACAUCAAGGUAUCACACAAUAUAUUAAACUUACUACUGAAGUGAAAACAGUUAUUUGUGAUGCUGAUUUUAAAUUAGCACCAUUUUUUGAUGGUUAUGAUCGUAAACGUCUUGAUGAACAUGAAAAAGAAUUAAAUUUUCUCGAAGAAGUCUGUGCUGAACAAAAUUAUCGUUUAGUUGAAGCACAUAAAAUAGUCGAAACAUUUCGAUCACAUUUACGAAUACGACGAUCAGUUGAAAUGAAGAGUUUUAUUAAAGAUCUUGACAUGGAAAAUUCACAUGUAUCUGAAAUCAAAGAACUUAUUUUAACAUUAGUUGAUAAAAAAUAUGAUCAACAACUAAUUCGUUCAUUAGAGAAAAAACAAGAAGAUGCUUUAAAUGAUCUUCAAUGUUUAAAAAAUGAAGCCAUAAAAACCAUUGAAAAUCUUGAUCAUCAACUUCAAGAACAAGAAAAGUUAAGACAAAAUGCUCGAACAAUGUUAUCAAUUAUUCAACGUACUAAAGUACAAUUAAUUGAAUUACGUCCAGCAAUGAGUAAUGAAGCAAAUCAAAAACUUGAAGUUCGCAUUAAAAUCGAUGAAGAUUUAACAAAAAAUUUUCAUCUAUUCGAACAAUCCUUAGACGAUUAUAAAAAUGAUUAUGGAAAUUUAUCAGAUGAUUUAGAUAAAAUAAUCAUUCGAGUUUAUGAAGAUAUGGAUGAUAUUAAAGUUCGUUUUAAUGAAAAAACAUCAGAAUUAAAUGAUUAUAAUAUUCUACGUGAUGAGUAUGAAAAUUGUAUUGACAAUAUUUCAAAAAUUUCUCAAAUUAUUGAAGCAAAAACUCGAAAAACAAAUGUAAAAUUAAAUUUAGAUUCAUUAAAAGAUUUAACAGUUGAAAUGCAAGCACAUCGUUCAUUACUUGAUCGUUUACAAUUACUUUCAUCAACGUUAACAUCACAAUUAACAGAUUCAAAUGAACGUGAUCGUAUACGACGUCGUCUUAAUGAAGUAACACGUCGAUGGGCAGAACUUGAACAAAAUGUACUUAGUGAAGAAGAAGAAAUAACAGAAAUGAAUCAUGUUAUUCAACAAUAUAAAGAUAUUAAUUCAAUAUGUGAACAUUGGUUAAGACAAGCAAAAGAUUUAAUUAAUGAAUUAACAAAUACAAAAGCUAUUGAGAUUUUUGAUCAACUUAUUCCAAAAGCUAAAAAUAUUUUAACAGAAUAUCAAUCAAUAUUUGAACAUUUAGAACGAUUACGAAAUAGACUUAAUCGAAUGAUUCAAACUAAUCGAACACCAGAAGGAACAUUAAAGUUGACUGAAAUCGAUCGACUUCUAAAAGAUUUAAUAACACAUCGUGAAAAACUUGAACAAUGUCUUGAUUUAAGUCAUAAAAUUCAUUUUCAAUUAAAUGAAUUUAAUAAACAAUAUCUUUUUUAUGAACAAUGGAUUAAUAAUAUUCAACGAACAAUUGAAACAAUACUUGAAGAAAAAUUAACAGUCGAUGAAAAAUUACAACGUUUAAAUGAUAUACAAAUUGAAUUAGAUAAACGAAAACAAAUUCUUAAUAAUCUUACACAUGAUUAUCCACAAAUAGAUCAAUUAAUAAUUAAAUCUAUUCAAAAAUUAAUUGGAAAUAUUGAAAGAAUCAAAACCAAUGUUACUCGAAAACAAGAAGAAUAUGAACAACAAAAUCGACAACAAAAAGAUUUUCAUGAACGUAUUGAAGUAUUAUUCGAAUGGAUUAAACAAACUCAUCGUUAUGAACCAUUAAAUGAUAAACGUGAUAUAGAAUCUCUUCAACGAGAAUAUGCGCGAUUAAAUGAAAAACAACAACAAAUUAAUGAGAAAUCAAAAGAUAUUGAUGCACUCUUACGAAAUAUUAAUAAUUCUAAAUUACCAAGUGAUUCUUUACAAAAAUUACGUCAAGAAAUUGAUCAUUUGAAAGAACGUACCACUGAAUCAACGAAUGAACUCGAAACAAGAAAUAAAUUUAUUAAAAAAACAAUUCGAUCUGUCGAAGAUGCAUUAAAAUCUCUUGAUGAACAAAGAAUUAAAAUUGAAACACAAAACGAUGAACGAGAACGACGUAAACGUCAAUAUGAACGUGAAUGGCAUUUAUUCAUGGAUGAAAUAAGUUUAUUACAAGAUAAAUUAAAUACAUUAAAACAACGAAAAGGAAAUACAUAUGAUACAAUUGAAGAACAACUUUAUUUUAUACGAAAUCAAAAUCAAGAAUUAAAUCAAUAUCAAGAUGAAUUAACACAUUUAAAAAAACAUGGACAAACUAUAUGUCUUGAAGAUGGAAAUUCAUUACCAUUACCUUCAGAAAUUCAUCUUCUACAAUCUAUGAUAACUUAUCUAAAACAACAAUUUGAACAACGUCAUGAAAUUUUAAUUGAAGCUCAACGUUGUCGUGAUAUUUAUUUAACUGAAUGUAAAUUAUAUGAAGAUGCCUAUAGUUUAUGUAUGGAACGUUUAAGUCGUUCAAUGCCAAUACCAUCUACAAAUGAUGAAUAUGCACGUCAAUUACAUGAACAUAAAAAUUAUAAUGAAAAAAUGGAUGAAAAACGUCGUCAUUUAAAUUUUUUAUAUGAUAAACUUGAUCGUGAAACACGUACACGUUAUUUUAAACAACAUCUUGAUUUAGAAAAACGUUCAAAUGAUUUACAAGAUAAAAUAAUUCAACAAACAAUACGUUCCGAAUAUUUCUUACGUAUAUGGAAAGAAUAUCAAACAAGACUUAAUGAUAUAAUUUAUCAAUUAAAUGAUAUUGAAAAACAAUUAUCAUUAAAUAAACGUUUAAUUCAAUUUCAACAAAUACAAUCAACUUUUGUUCUCUAUAAAGAUUUAAAACAACGUUUAAUAUUAAUUGAACCAGAAUUAUUACAUUUAAAUGAUGAAAUACAAACACUUUGUAGAGAAUUAAAUGUAAUUUCAUUAAAAAAUGAUAUUCAAAAUGUGAAAGAAAAUUUUAAUCGAAUUGCAAGUGAUAUUAGAGAAAAAUUCGAUAGUCAUAAAGCUGCAACAGCUCUUGCUAAUGAUAUAAAACGUAAUUUAGCUAUACUUGAAGAUACAUUAGGACAAUGUUCAAAUGAAUCUCAAACACGUUAUGAUGGAGAUGUUAGUGAACUUAAAAUUCAAUUAGAAAAAAUGAUGGAUGUAGAAAAACGUCUUGAAAAUAUUGCAGAUAUUUAUUCAAAUACAAUAACAUUAAUAAAACGUUUAACAACUUAUAAUCUUUAUGAUUUACAAUCAAUAGAAACAAAUUUAGAAAGUUUUCAUCAUAAAUGGACAUCUCUGAAAACAGAAGUUUUACGAAAUGAAAAUAUUCUUCAUCAAAAUAUUAUUAAUAAUUUACCAUCAAGACAAGCUUGUAAAGAAAUGUUUGUAUUUGUUGAUACAAUUAAACGAUUAUUGGAUGAUGAUCAUGGAGCACAAAUUAAUAAUAAAGAAACUUUACAAAAAUUAAUCAAACGAUAUCGAGAUAUGCGUGUUGAUGUACUCAAUCAUCAAAGAACAAUUGAUUUUCUUAAUGAAUCAUUUCAACAAGAAGCUAAUGUAGAUUUAACAAGUAUUGAUUAUAUGGAAAAUAUCAAACAAAUUAAUAUUGAUUGGAUUAAAAUAAAGUCAUUGAUUUCAGCUCGAAUUGAUGUAAGAAUAUAUAUGGGGAUGGUCAAUUUGACUGGUACCCCGUUUUGA